AAUCUGAGUCCUCUGUAUUCCAGUAACAACGUCUCUUUGACCAGUACCUGUGUUUGUUGUCUCUGCAGACUCUUCAGAGUAAUACAAGGUGAAGCCCGGCAACAGCAGCUGUGCAGCCGGGACAUCUGUGGAAAUCACUGUGUUCCUGUGUGAAGACUGACCUCUUGCUCCAAGGCAUCUUCUCAGGACGCUUCCUCGUCAUGGCUGCUGAAAUGGAGCCCAGUACCACUGAUGGCGAGCAGGAUCUGGCCACAUUCUGCGAGGAGAUCCCCCAGUCUAAAAUGAUAAACCAAAGUCUGAAGUGUCCCGUCUGGCAGGAUGUAAAGCCCGUCCUUAGACUGACGACCAAAAACUACGGCACACCAGCGACCAGUAACGGUCACCAAAACAUUCACGUAGCGCUCCUGCAGGUGAUGGCCAGCAGCCGUCGACUGGAGCGGAAGUUGGAUCACUGCCUUUGGACCCAGAAGGUUUUUAUUGUCCUGGUGAUGGCCAUGACAGCUUUGUGGGGCUUCACUCUCUACAUCCACUAUUCAGCUGGCUAUUUUAGCUGGACCACGGCUAAAAACUGAGGCACUAUUUAAUAUAAUAUAAAAUGUCAGCUGAGCAAGUUUUUGUCAAUAUUCUUGAGUCUGUGCAGCAGUUUGCAUCACGUAUUUGCCUGUGGAUGAAUAUUCUUGUGUUCAAAGUUUGUUUGAGGUGAAUCUCAUAUUUUUUCGACGUGGCCUGCGACACAAAAUUCUGGACUCCUGGAAGUUUACAUGUUUUGAAUGUGUGAUGAUAAGGAUUUGCAGAACCUAUUUCAUACUUGUUUUUUGUGGAUGUCUCUGGGUGUAAUUACCAUAUGGAUGCAUCUAUACUCCAGAGGCAUGGAUAAUGCACACACACUGUGGAAACAAUAAAGUCUAUCUAUCUAACUUCUGGCCAUUAAAUUGCUGUCUGGCUGUAUAUCUAAUUUUGACCAUUUUCAAGUCGUCCUUCAAAACAUAACCAAUUUAAGGUCAUUGGACAUCCUCAGACAAGUUCUUGAAGGUUGUUGAAAGAUUUGACAUCCAAUUUUGUUUGCGCCCCUGCUUCAAGAAAAAAAACUAUCAAAGACUUGGGUAAGUUGGCUUUCCAUGCAUGCUCUAUACUGUUGGUUUUGUGUGUACAGUAUAAACGCAGUUUAGCGGAAAUUGAUGCUUUUCAAUGAAACCAGUGUUAGAGAUUCCCCCACAGUGUCUCUAAACUAAAAAGUAGAAGCAGUCAUGUCCUACACUUCCUUUUUAGGACAUGUCAUCAUCAGCUCUUACGCUUAUAAGGUUUUAUUGUCAAUGUUUACCCUCCUCCGUUCAGUAUAGUUGACGGGAUUCUGACAGAAGCACUGUUGUUCUGACCUCUCCACCAUUAUGGAUCAAUGGAAACUUUGGCUUGUCCUGCUUCUCCUGUGUUUGUGUUUUGACUGUACUGAAGAGAUUCUUGUGAAAACCAUUGGGAGUGAACCAGAUGUCACUCCAAUAUGCACCGAUGCUACACUGAGUAUCAUCACACUGAUAGUGUGUAAGAUCAGCACAGAGAGGAGCCGGGGAGCAGAGUGUCGUCUGCUGUAUCAACAUGGACAGGACUUUGUGCACGAAUGUGACUCCAGGUUCACACUUAUGACAAAGAAUCAGACUGUGUUUCUCCACCUGACCAGUUUAAAACCAGAGGACAGAGGGAACUACACCUGUGAGUGUUCACAUGCUCGUGGAACAGAUACUCUCUAUCUCAGUAUCACUGUGAAAGGAGAGGCCAGCACUUUCAGCACUAUGACAAUACUCAUUUCUACCUCUGUGAUUGGUAGUGGUACUGCAUUUAUCAUUGUAACUGGAUUUGUCAUUGGGCUUAUCCUGAGAAACAGUUGUUGCAGAGACAGUACCAGGUCAGGACCAUCUGGAUUAUCUGAAUGUCAAACCUCCUGCUCUUUGGUGAGCAAUGUAUUCUUUGGUUUUAUACCGUUCAACAUUGACAAAGACGACCCAGAUAACCUCUACACAAGCCUUCAGCAGCCAUCAAGUGAUGUCUACCUGACCAUCUCCUCGGUGCACCAUCAACAUCACAACAAAACAAAUUCAGCCGGCGACAGUACAGCGACUGUCCAUUUGGACCUGGAUAAAGAUGGGAGAGAGACUGAUCACAAUUGCAAAAUCUAUGAAAACAGCUAAACCAAAAGUCAAGAUAACUGCAUAACUAUAAUAACCGGGACAUUGCGACUCGGUCCAAGUUUUGAGAUGUUGAUCUGAUCGGUAUUUCACAUAACUUGGAACAUUCAGCCUCAACAUGUCCAACGUCUUCCUCUUUUAGCUAAUGGUUUUUUUUUAUGAUGUUGUGCGGAAUGUUUUUUUUUAUUAAAAUGUUGCAGGAGUCACAAAAAUCAAGCAACACAAUAAAGUAAGUGUUAAAAUUGCUGUAUUACAUAGUUUCUUAUAAAACAGUUAAUUAUAAGUCAUGUGCAGUCAACCCUCACACUACACAGAAAGAAAUGUAUCAUCAUUAUAUACAUCUAACAAGGAUGUAAAUUAUGAAUCAUUGGAAAUUAAGAGCUACUAAUUUGAACUACUUACGUUGCUUAAUGUCCUAAACAUUCCUAACGUCUGAAAAUCCUUCAAUGUUUGUGGGGAAAAAAGCUGUUGACAAUGAAUUAAUAUAUUUUCAGCUUUGUUCUGCUUCUGCCACUGUGUGUGUGUGUGUGUGUGUGUGUGUGUGUGUGUGUGUGUGUGUGUGACAGCAAAGGCACUGUGCAAAAGCUACUUUAUAGUUAUGCAGGUCAUUUUGUAAUAAAACAUCUGUAGGGAAACCCA